AUGCCAUCAUACUCCUCCAAACAUCAUCAACAACAACAACAACAACAGCAACAAAAGCUUUCAUCUUCUCCAUUGCCGUCAUCUUUACCUAUAACUUCUGUCGCUGCUGCCGACUUUGACACUUCAGUAUCUUCCAGCAGCAGCAGCAGCAGCAGCAGCAACAACAACAACAAUAAUAAUAUUAAUAAUGAUCCUUCAACAACAACAUACAUACAAUCGCCCGAUAUUAUAGCACACGAAACACCCUUCUCGGCGUCUCCAUCUCCGGAUAUUGUGCUAGAUGAUAACCCCUCUUCUUCUACUACAGCGGCUACAGCUACCACAAAUGAUGACGACCUACACGAUGAAAAUAUAACAACUACUAUCCAGCAAAACUCUCAAAAAAACGGGUCAAAUAGACUCUCUAAACGAGCUUUUCCAGGUUCUACAGCUCCAGUUACAUACUCUAAACGCCGACGUGUUUCUUCUAAUAUUUCAUCUGUUGCUUCCGCCCAGACUGCACCUUUACGGAGAUCAUCGCGUCGGUCAACUGCUUCACAAGUUGACUAUUCUCCACAAGGUCUUGAAAACCAAAGAAAAUCAAAAAACCCGCAAUCACAACUCCAACACCCCAUAUCCACGUCUACGUCUACGUCCACAUCCACAUCUACAUCUACUUCCACUACAUCUACCCGAACACAGCGUUCUUCCAUUAAACAAGAAGAUUAUCCUGUUGUCUUAAUUAGCGAGACUCAAACAACGCGCUCUCAAACGCGUGGUCGCAAAAACUCACGUUCUGACACGCUAAACGGUAAUACCAAACAACAAACAAAUGGCACCAAACAUCAACAACCAUCAUCCUCACGCCGCGCCACAACAGCCACAGAAUCUCCCUCGCAUUCACCUUCUCCAGCCCCUAUUACAGCCACCCCUGAACAACUUGAACUUGCAUCUCAGAUUCAGCAAAAGAAACAGCACUUAAGCGAGGUCUACGAUCGCCAUGAUAGUCGCGUCCGUUUAUUAUUCCAUUUGGAAAAGUUUGUUUCACUGGUUUCGUUUGAUCCUCAACUUGCUAAGCAAGAUCAUAGCAGCGUUUUUGAAGAAUACAGACAAAAAUAUGAUCUUUGGGGGAAAGUCGAGGCUAAUGACUCUACAUCCCGUCGCUCACGCGCUUCGCGUCGUCGAACUCAUCUUCAAAAAGAUGCACUUAAUAUUUUAUCACCAGCUCUUUCUCCACCGUCUUCUUCUGCCAUUGUUGAAAUAAAAAAAGAAGAAGAAACUGGGGUUAAACAUACCACCAAUCGCAGAUCAACAUCUGUGCGUUCUGAAAGCCCUCCACGACCUUCCUCAUUAUCCUCCUCAUCAUCAUCAUCAUUAACACGUAAACGUGGGGCUCCAGGAAUAAUAAAACUCAAAUCAGAACUCAAACCAGAACUCAAAUCAGAACCCAAAUCAGAACCCAAACUAGAACCCAAAUCAGAACCCAAACUAGAACCCAAACCAGAACCCAAAUCAGAACCCAAAACUCGUGCCUCUGUGGUUAUUAAUUCAGAACCUCAGACACCGCAAUUGCAACAACAGUUGCCAUCGUCGUCUUUGAUUAAUCAUCACCAUCCGCAGGUCGGAUCCAAGAACAUAAGUGGCUUAAUGUCAGAUUAUGGCCUUGACGAUAAUGAUGUGAUUGAAGUGAUUGGCGGCAAUGCCUCUAGCUCUGAGGAGUAUAUUAGUGAUGAUUUUGACGAAAUUUUAUUUCUCAAUAGUUCACCUUCCGAAUCAUCUUCAGAGGACGUGCACGUGUCUUCAGAAAGCGAUAUCGAGUUGAUUGAUGAAGAUACGAUCGAGCCAACUUCAACUCAACAUCAUCAUACACCUCGUCUCAAGGUCAAAUUCUCACUCCCAGGUGCUACAAUCACACAUCCAGGUCAUAUUGUCACACCUCGAUUUGGCUCUCUUGACCAGUAUUUGCACUCGUUUGUGUCUCUUGACGAUGAUGUUUCAGAAAAUCAGCGUGAAGCUUACAUCAAAGACCAAGCAGAGCUACGUAACCGCAUUAAAGAAGUCAAGGAAAGUGGCAUGUAUGAUGUUUACCUUGAGCAUCUUAUGGAACAUACUUCUGGAUCAAAUUCUGGCGGUGGAGCGUCUAACUCUAGUGGAAGUAGCGGUAUUGGCAGCGGCGGUGGAGGAAGUGGUAGUGGGAGCAUUGGUGCGGCUGCAUCUACGGCUCUUUCAUCCGCACCCCUCACAAUCAAAUCUGCUUCAUCCCUCAUUUCCAAGCUUCGUCGCUCGUUCCAAGAUCCCUUCCGAUUGAACCAACCGCCCACACAUCACGACCAUAUAGUGUCUCAAGCUGUUUAUUUUUCAAAACUUUUAAGCAAUGAACGUCGAUCUCAUAUUUCAAAGUCCAAGAAGGUUGCUGCCAUGGUUGAGCAGUACUUUAAACGGUUAUCCAACGCUGAGGAAAAGGAACGCAAACAGGAAGAAACACGCAUUCGCAAGCUCGCACGUAAAACCGCACUUGAAGUCAUGCGCAAGUGGAAGAUUGCAGAAAAGGUUGUUUUACAUCGGCGUGCCAAAAAACUCGAGGAUGAAGAACGACAAGCUGGUAAAAAACAACUCAACAUGAUUCUAGAACACUCUGCGCAACUUUUAGAGGCCCGUGUUUCGACCAAUGCCGAUGCUACAAAGAAAACAGCUGACGAAGAUGAGGACGAUUUAAUGUCUGUAUCAGAUGUCGAUGCGGAAGUGGAAGAAGUACCGGAAGGUAAUGAUGAAGAAGAUGAAAAAACGCCAAUGGAAGAUGUAUCGGAAGAAGAGCCGGACGAUACUGUAUCCAGAUUGCGCGAUAUUCCUGACGACCAACUCACUAUUGAGGAACUACGACAAAAAUACGCCGCGCUUCCCGAUAUUAAACUUAAAUGGGAUCAUUCCGACGAAGAGGAAGAAGAGGAAGAAGAAGAAGAAGAAGAAGAAGAAGAAGAAGAGGAAGAGGAGGAAGUGGCAGAUAGUGAGGCUGAACAUAUAGACCCCAUUUUUGAAGAUGAGGAACGAGUCAAGAAAGCAAUCCAAAUGGAUAAAGAUGCCCAGAUUUCCGAUUCUGAUCACAGUACUGUCAUGGAUAGCGAAGAAGAAGAGGACGAUGAUAUGGAAGAUUCUGAAAUGUCAGAUUCUGAUAACGAACAAGAACCUGCGGCAGGUCUUUCCGAUCUUUUCAAAGAAGCUACCAGCGAACCUACAAAGCCUGAAGAAGAUGAAGAAAAGGAAGAGACGAAGGUCAAAGAAGCUGAAGUCAAAAAAGAGGAAACCAAAGAAGAGGAGUCUAAAGAAAAAGAAACCAAAGAAGAGGAUAGAGAAGAAAAGAAAGAUAAGAAAAAAACAGAGCCUCAAGAGAAACCCGAGAAAUCCAGCUCGGAAUUUACUAAGCUUUCACGCCCAGCUACAUCGUCACCAGCACCUCCUUCCACAACUGAACUUGUUAAGACCCCCAUUCCAUUUUUACUUCGUGGUUCUUUACGUGAGUACCAACAUUAUGGUCUUGACUGGCUCGUUGGUUUAUACAACAACAAUACCAACGGCAUUCUAGCAGACGAAAUGGGUCUUGGCAAAACCAUCCAAACAAUUUCUCUUAUUUCUUACCUUGCAUGUGAAAAACAUGUUUGGGGCCCGCAUCUUAUUGUUGUUCCGACCUCAGUCAUGCUCAAUUGGGAAAUGGAGUUUAAGCGGUUUGCACCAGGCUUCAAGGUUCUCACAUAUUACGGCAACCCCAUGCAACGCAAACAGAAACGUCAGGGUUGGAAUAAGGAAGACACUUGGCACGUUUGCAUCACAUCGUACCAGCUGGUUCUUCAAGACCAAAAUGCAUUCAAGCGUAAGAAAUGGCACUACAUGAUUCUCGAUGAAGCUCACAAUAUCAAAAACUUUCGCUCGCAGCGUUGGCAGUCGCUUCUUAACUUUAACACUGAGCACCGUCUUUUGCUUACGGGUACACCAUUGCAGAAUAACUUGAUAGAACUGUGGUCACUUCUUUACUUUUUGAUGCCCUCAAGCCGAGCUUCUCAAACCAUGCCUGAAGGGUUUGCUAAUUUGCGAAAUUUCCAGGAAUGGUUUUCACGACCAGUUGAAAAGAUGGUGGAAGGUGGUAAUUAUGUUGAUGAAGAAGUCAAAGAAACAGUGUCUAAGCUGCACCAAAUUCUUCGACCCUUUCUACUGCGCCGUCUUAAGGCUGAUGUUGAAAAGCAAAUGCCUGCCAAGUACGAGCAUGUUGUUUAUUGCAAGCUUUCCAAACGCCAGCGCUUCCUUUACGAUGACUUCAUGUCACGGGCUCAAACUAGAGAAACCCUUGCUUCUGGUAAUUUCCUCAGCAUCAUCAACUGUUUGAUGCAACUACGUAAGGUCUGCAAUCACCCAGACUUGUUUGAGGUUCGCCCCAUUGUUACAUCCAUGGCUGCUAGCCGAUCUGUUGUUGCUGAUUUUGAAAUUAAAGACUUUUUGAUCCGCAAGCGCCUUGUUAACGACAUUAGUGAAUCAUCCAUGAAGAAUGUUAAUCUUGAUUUUCUCAACCUCAAAUUCACACAAAACGAUUUCAGCCGAACGACUGGGGAGGCCAUGGCAACCUCGCGUUGGGGUAACUCUAAACGGCCUUUGAUCCAGGAAAUCCUUUCAGAUCAGCAGCAAGAGGUCACUAAGCUUCAAAAAACUACACCAAAAGACUUGUCUUCUAUAAAUGGUCAUUUACAGUACAUGAACUUGGUUGAAAAGCAGGAUGAACUCGUUAAUCUCGAAAGCCUCAUUUACCAAAGUCACAACAAGUGUGAGCGCAAGCCAAUGUAUGGUGCAGAUCUGAUUGGAAAGCUUUCUUCAGUUGUUAGUCGGCCCAGACCAGCUCGUGGUUAUGAUUGGAACAAGUCUAAUAUUAUUAGUUCCAUGAUGCUGGGUUAUGAGGAGCAAGAGGCAGUCAUGUCUGAAGUUAUUGAUAGAUAUGCUUUUGUCACACCUAAAGUUGUUUGUCUUGAUAUGCCGCGCCAGGUGCUGGGCCCCAAAAUCUCAGAACUUCUUAGCACUAUGCCUGCUGAAGAACCCAUUGUUGCUAUGGACGAGGCUUCCCACCUUAAUUUGGUGCUUGAUGGUAAAGAAAAUAACGAGAUUCCUCCACCCCAGUCACUUUGGAUGACACCUGACUUGAAGGAGAUCCAAUCGCAAACUCUUUUUCACAAGACACUUGUUAAGCUUUCUAUUGCAUUCCCAGACAAACGAUUGUUACAAUUUGACUGCGGCAAGCUCCAGCGCCUUGCUGCACUUUUGCAUGACCUUAUUGCCAAUGGUCACCGUGCCCUCAUAUUCACGCAAAUGACGCGUGUUCUCGACAUUUUAGAGCAGUUUCUUAAUCUUCACGGUUGGCGCUAUCUCCGUCUUGACGGUGCGACACGAAUUGAACAACGCCAAAUUCUCACAGAACGGUUUAAUCAUGACCCUAAGAUUCCCAUCUUCAUUUUGUCUACACGAUCUGGUGGUUUGGGUAUUAAUUUGACAGGUGCUGAUACAGUCAUUUUUUACGACAGUGACUGGAAUCCGUCAAUGGAUAAACAGUGUCAGGACCGAUGCCAUAGAAUUGGUCAAACGCGUGAUGUACACAUUUACCGCUUGGUUUCAGAAUACACCAUUGAGUCUAACAUUUUGCGCAAAGCUCAACAAAAGCAAAUGCUUGACAAUGUUGUUAUUCAGGAAGGUGAGUUUACCACGGACUAUUUUACCAAGCUUUCUGUUCGUGAUAUGCUUGGCGAUGAAAGUCUUGGUGGGCACUCUGAUGAAGCGGUUCUUUCCAAUUCGUCGCGUAACCUGGAGACAAUUUUGGCUGCGGCUGAAGAUGACGAGGAUGCCAAGGCUGCAGCUGCUGCUAUGAAGGAAAUUUCAAAUCUUGAUGAGGAAGACUUUGGUGAGAAUCAGAGACAACAACAACAACAACAAAAGGACCGUGCAUCUAGUGUCAGUGCAGAAGCUGCUCGCAGCAGCACUCGAAUUAGCACUCCUGCCAGUGAUGAAGGACUUGCACCCUCGACACGGGAUACCAGCACAACGCCUGGUCAUGCUACUGAAGAGCCGGCUGAAGAAGAAGAAGAGGAGGAGGAGGAGGAAGAAGAAGAAGACGAAGAGAUUGAAGGUAUUAACAGUAUUGAUGACUACAUGAUUAGGUUCAUUGAAAAUGGUUAUUAUUGGGACUGA